AUGCGAGCGAAGGGUUCCAGUUCGAAAUUCGAAUGCGGUCAUGUCAUCGCCUCUCGGAUUUCUCAUAAGUCACCGUCCAAUGUCAAAAUCGUGCACGUACCGCGAGCGCCGACCCUCCGGAUCGUGCGGAAAAUGCAAUCGUUGGUAGUUUGGUGGGCGGUGGUGUCGGCCGCCUGGGCGCUGGCGGGCGCGUGCUCGAGCUCCAUCUCCAAGCGGCCGGCCAGGCCCGCGCGGCCGCAGCGCCCGCUGCCGCAGCCGCAGCCGCAGCCGCGGAUCAACGUCACAUUCCCCACGUUCAAGUGCGAGCCGGCCUACUCGGAGUACUACUGCCUGAACGGCGGCGUGUGCUUCACCGUGGUGAUAUCGGACAGCCCGAUCUACAACUGCGAGUGCCUCAGCGGGUUCGUGGGCCAGCGCUGCGAGUUCAAGGACCUGGACGACUCGUACGUGUUCACGAGUCGGCAGCUCAUGAUGGAGACAGCGUCGAUCGCGGGCGGCGCGACCGUCGCCGUGUUCCUCGCCAUUCUAGUCUGCUUCGGCGCGUGGGUGCGGCUGCACCGGCGCGGCAAGACGCCGCCCUUCUCGGAGGAGCGCGGCCAGGUGCAGCUGGUGGCCGUGGCGGCGCCGCGCGGCCGCGUCGCGCUCUGCAAGGCGCCGCCCGCGCCCGACCUGCCGCACUAG